UCCAAAACAGAACGCUGCUUUCACCAUCUUGCCAUUUUCGGCUUCCUUCCGUACUUGCUCCCUCCCUAUCAGCCUUUGGCACUUUGCUUGCUGGGCUUAGAAAACAACAUUAUGGCUGCUUCUACCGCAUCUGUCUCUACCGUCGGAUCAGUCAACAGAUCAUUAAUGGCUUUUCAAAACAGCGUUAUGGCUGCUUCUACUACAUCUCUCUCUACCGUCGGAUCAGUCAGCAGAUCAUUAAAGUUGAACUUGAACGGUUGUAAUGGAGCUGGACCAUCAGCGACGCCAACUUCUACCUUCUUGGGGAACACCUUGAAGAGCAAGCUAAGCUCCAAGGCCCCAAAAUCGCGCGGAAGUUUGAGGGUUUGGGCAGAGUACGAUGAGAAGAAGCAGACGCACAAGGACAGAUGGAAGGGACUCGUGACCGACAUGUCGGAUGAUCAACAGGACAUUACGAGAGGGAAAGGAAUGGUGGACUCCCUCUUCCAAGCUCCCAUGGGUACAGGGACCCAUAAUCCCAUCAUGACCUCCUACGACUACAUCAGCAAAGGCCUCCGCCAGUUUGACUUGGACAAUAGCAUGGACGGCCUCUACAUUGCUCCCGCGUUUAUGGACAAGGUUGUGGUUCACAUCACCAAGAACUUCUUGGCUCUUCCCAACAUUAAGGGAGGCAAAGGCCAAGGGAAGUCGUUCCAGUGUGAGCUCGUCUUCAAGAAAAUGGGAAUCAACCCCAUUAUGAUGAGCGCUGGAGAAUUGGAGAGCGGGAACGCUGGGGAACCGGCGAAACUGAUCCGGCAGAGGUACCGCGAAGCCGCCGACAUAAUCAGGAAAGGCAAAAUGUGUUGUCUGUUCAUCAACGACCUGGAUGCAGGAGCUGGACGGAUGGGAGGGACGACCCAGUACACGGUGAACAACCAGAUGGUGAACGCCACCCUGAUGAACAUAGCCGACAACCCCACCAACGUCCAGCUCCCUGGGCAGUACAACAAGGAGGAAAACCCUCGAGUCCCCAUCGUCGUCACCGGGAACGACUUCUCCACUCUGUACGCGCCCCUAAUUCGCGACGGCCGCAUGGACAAGUUCUACUGGGCGCCCACCAGGGAGGACCGGAUUGGAGUGUGCAGCGGCAUCUUCCUCACCGAUAACGUGCCCAUGGAUGACAUUGUUCGGCUGGUGGACACGUUCCCCGGCCAGUCCAUUGAUUUCUUCGGGGCGUUGAGGGCUAGGGUGUACGACGAUGAGGUGAGGAAGUGGAUCGGUGGGAUUGGUGUGGAGAACAUCGGGAGGAGGCUGGUGAACUCCAAGGAAGCGCCUCCCACGUUCGAGCAGCCCAAGAUGACGCUGGCCAAGCUGCUCGAGUACGGCAACAUGCUGGUGCAGGAGCAGGAGAACGUCAAGAGAGUUCAGCUGGCUGACAAGUACCUGAAAGAGGCAGCGCUUGGUGAUGCUAAUCAGGAUUCCAUCAACAAUGGAACUUUCUAUGGUCAGUAGUUACCUUACCUAGCUGGUUUAAGGCAAUUGAUUGCUUUCCACAAAGAUGUGAAUCGUGAGAAAUAAGCAAGGAGGGGCAUUGUAAUGCAUGUGUUGGGUUUUGGUUGCAGGGAAAGCAGCUCAGCAAGUGAACCUCCCUGUUCCGGAAGGCUGCACCGAUCCUUCUGCCCACAACUUCGACCCCACGGCUAGGAGCGAUGAUGGGAGCUGUGUUUAUCAGUUUUAAGGUCUGUGCAUCAGUAAGUAAACACAAAACAAACAGUAAAUGACGGGGGAAUAAUCAGUAUUCACUAUCCAGUAAUCAUUUCGGAGGUAAUGGUGAAUUUGGGAUAUAUGGAAAUAAGGAAUUGUAUAAAGGCAUAUAUAUAUAAAUAUAAUAAUAUUGGACAAAAUUAAAGUAAAUGAUGAUACUUUCUUUUGCUCUUGUGGACUCCUCUGUUUAGUGCAACAGAAUAGUGGAUGUUGCUGAGCCUGUGGGCGUCAAGAUCCAACCAAGUUACGCCAUAAUAAACAAACUCUUGAAACUGAAGAUAAUCUACCCAUCAUCCACUUGCAGCCAUUAUUGUGGGAGGAGCAGGAGCUCGUUGGAGAUUAGGAUUCGGUUAGCAGCAUGGGCCGUACUACAUCCAAACCGGUCUUCAACUUUCACACACUACUCAAAUCCCCACCAACAAUCGAUUGGCCGACGAAACUGAACGAGCUGAAGUAGUUUUGUGGUUCCAUGAAUCUACUUUUCUCUCACAACAUUCGUACAAACAAAAGCAGAAUUUGCCUUUCCGCUGCAUAAACGACACUUUCUUUAAUCUUUGUAACAACCCAUGUGCCUUAAAAUUGAU